GCCGACGGCCGCGCCGUGCACCGCGGACACGUCUUCCACGCCGUCAACCGCCUCCGGCGCCACCGCCAACACCGCACCGCCCUCCAGGUCAUGGAGUGGAUCAUGAGAGAGAGGCCCUACAAGCUGAGAAUAUCAGAAAGAGCUGCUCUACAACAACCUUGUGAUGGCUGCGUUGGAUCUGGGUCUGAUUAAGCAUUCCUAUGCGUACAUGAGGAAGAUGAGGGAAUUGUCCCUGCCAAUUUCGCCGUAUGUUUACAACCGCAUGAUCAUCCUCCACUCUUCACCUGGACGCAGGAAAACUAUAUCCAAGAUCCUUUCUCAGAUGAAAGCUGAUCGUGUAACCCCUCACACAUCAACCUACAACAUCCUGUUGAAGAUACCAGCCAAUGAACACAACAUCGAUGGGGUAGCGAGGGUAUUCAAUGAUAUGAAAAGAGCAAAGAUUGAGCCCAAUGAGAUCACUUAUGGCAUUCUAGCUAUUGCGCAUGCUAUAGCGAGGCUGUAUACUGUUUGCCAGACAUAUGUAGAAGCAAUUGAGAAUUCCAUGACUGGUACUAAUUGGUCGACACUGGAAAUUCUUUUGAUCCUAUAUGGAUACCUUGGGAAGGAAAAGGAGCUAAAGAGAACAUGGGAGAUCAUGCAAGGUCUUCCUCAUAUUCGAUCAAAAAGCUUCACACUCGCAAUUGAAGCAUUUGGAAAGGUUGGGUCCAUUGACCAGGCAGAGAAGAUAUGGGUCAACAUGAAUUCAACAAAGAAGUUAAGCCUUACAGAACAGUUCAAUUCCAUUUUAUCCGUUUACUGCAGGCAUGGUGUUGUGGAUAAAGCAUCAGCUGUGUUUAAAGAAAUGAGAGCAAGUGGAUGCCAGCCGAAUGCUAUUACUUAUCGCCACUUAGCUUUAGGUUGCUUGAAAUCGGGUCUUGUUAAAGAAGCUCUGAACACAAUGGAUAUGGGAAAGAAAGAAGUUGUCACUAAGAAGGUGAGAAGUUCAACACCGUGGCUGGAGACUACACAUAUGUUGCUUGAGAAGUUUGCAGAAAUUGGUGACUUGGAAAAUGCAAAGAGAGUAUACAGAGAAUUGAGUGAGUCAAAAUAUUGUAGGAAUUCCUUUGUGUACAACACCCUCCUAAAAGCUUAUGUGAAGGCAAAAGUUUAUGAGCCAGAUUUGCUGAGGACAAUGAUUUUGAGAGGGGCAAUGCCUGAUGCUGAGACAUAUAGUCUUCUCAGACUGAUCGAACAGUUCAAGAUAUAGUGGCUUCUGUCUGCUGUUGACCUCAAGGAGUUCAAGGAUUACAAGGAAAACCGGUGCUGAAUAGUCAUACAAAAAUCAGUAUUGAACUUGUAGAAAUCAUUUGGAGCACAUGACCAACAAAUUAUCCUUUUGGUGGUCGAUUUGUUGUACAGAAUCCCAACACCUACACAAUGUGAUUGGAGAGAUACAACAAUCUUUUGUAUUGUAAACAGUUCUACUGGAAACUUGUGUGUUCCAAGCUCGGAAAUUUUCCUUUCCCCUCCAAGUACAAGGUAUACAAAAUGAUCAGCUGGUUAAACUGAAUGUCGGAAUCAUAAUCUCUAAAGAACGAAAUCCGGCAGGAAAACUCUCUCCACGUCAAUCCAUGUAAUCAUGACGUCAUGACCGUCAAAUUAGAGCUCCCAUUGAUUCUCAAACGUCGGAUUUCAUAUGGACGGCAGCUUUCAUUCUACACUGUACUCGACAUCGCUAGGUGUCUCCAGAAACCUCAUCUGCAGAGCCUGCCGUCCCCUCCUGCAAAGCAUCGAAGCCCACUUGGCCAUCAUGGCUGCUCAUCACAACCGUGGUACUUACACUAGCAGCAGUUACAUCCAUCAUCCCAGUGAAGUAUGUUGUUGAGUUGAGGGCUUUGUAUGCAGUGGCAGUUGGGGUCACACUAGGCAUCUACAUAUCUGUUCAGUGCUUCUUCCAGGCAGUUGUUCUGUAUCCUCUUCUUGUCGCAACAAUUGUCUCUGCUGCAGUCUUUGUCGUAUUCACCCAUCUCCCUUCUGAAUCCAGCACAAGGGUUUUGCCACGGGUGUUCUCUUUCUUGGUAGCUUUGUUUCCAGUCACCUAUCUGCUUGAAGGACAAUUAAGAGCCAAAAGUUUUGCAGAUGAGGAUGAAGCAGAGAAGUUCACCAACAUGUUGGCUAUAGAAGGGGCAAGAAUGUCACUUUUGGGUCUCUAUGCUGCUUUUUUCAUGAUUAUUGCAUUAGAGAUUAAACUGGCUUUGCUAUUGCGUGACAAGGCUGCGGACAGGCGUAACACAUGGCUCAUCUAGUCAGAGCUCUGCCUUCCCACCCAAAGCAAGGCUGCUCCAGCAACGAAGAGCUCAUGCUGCACCAACAUUCACCAUCAAGAGAUUGGCAGCUGAGGCAGCUUGGAUGCCUGCGAUUGACAACGUUUCUACUGUGUUGUGCUUCAUCAUCUGCCUUGUUCUCAAUAUAACACUUACUGGUGGCUCGAACCGUGCUAUCUUCUUCCUAGCACCCAUCCUUCUGCUUUUGAACCAGGAUUCAAUAUCUUUGCAGGAUUUGGCAACAGGCAGCGCUAUUUCCCUGUAACAGUUUCUAUUUCCGGGUAUUUGCUAUUGACAGCAUUGUAUAGGAUAUGGGAGGAGACUUGUCCUGGCAAUGGAGGAUGGGCUCUUGAUAUUGGGGGCCCAGGCUGGCUAUUUGCUGUGAGAAAUGUCGCUCUUCUUGUUCUGACAUUACCAAAUCACAUUCUCUUCAACCGCUGCAUGUGGGAUUAUGUCAGACAUACAGAUGCAAAGCUACUGUUGACGCUACCUCUCAACUUGCCCUCGGUUACAAUGACAGACAUAGUUACUAUUCGGGUGUUAGGAUUGCUAGGAGCUAUGUACUCUCUUGUCCAGUAUUUGAUAUCAAGGCGGAUAAGAAUUGCUGGGAUGAAAUACAUUUAGAAUAGGAUAUGUAACUUUUUGAGGUAAAUCUUUUACACUUCGGCACAAUUGCUGUCAGUAGUCUCCAGUUCCUGAAGCGAGACAUCUUUGCCUGGUCGACUCGGAGCAAAAUAGUGCCCUGUAGCAGAGAUAAAAAGGCUGUCGAAGGAUGUUGUUUUUGUACUGAAUGAUCUUGAUCUGUAUACUGAGUGUACACCCAAAAGGUGUUGUAGCAUAUAUAGAUGAUGUUGAACUGCACAUAUGAUGCCAUCACCUUAGGCCAUUUACUUUAAACUUUUGAUGGUGCAGGAAUUUGCGACAGAUACUUUUUGAUUAGCCUGAGCAAAAGACCCUGUACAUCUUGGUAGAUGCUUUCUUGUCUAAAUGACUUGAUCGGUUAAUCCAGAACGGCAGGACAUGUCAAUUAAUGUUUC